CACAAUGCUGCUCUAGUAAGCAGUGUUAACACUAGAACAUUCCUUCCUAGCAAAGCGCUUAGUGUUCAUGAGUAAAAUGACUUUAAAUCUAUAGGAAUGCAACUUAGGAUUACACUUACAAUGCCAGGAGGUGACUUUUUCGUCAUGAUGCUUCUUCUGUGGACAUUUGUUGACAGAGGGGUUGAUGGUGGGAACGUGACUGGAGUGUUACAUGGGCGAGUGGCGCUUCGAGGACGCUAUGGACACAAUACAGAUUUGGAAAAAGUGGAAUGGACUAAAUAUGCACCUGAAAAUUCAACAAAGAAAUUGCUACGUGUGGCUAUUAACCCAUACAAUGUUACAUGCUUUCCUUCCUGCCAAACGUUUUAUUUUAAUUUACAGUCUAUGAGUCUUAUUUUGUUUCCUUUAACAAAGAAAGAUGAAGGCAUUUAUGAGGAGAAAGCCACAUUUAAAAAUAAUACUAUUCAAAAGUUUAAUAUCACAUUAUCUGUGCAGCCUGCAUCAAAAAUCAGUGUCUCUUCUUCUCCUGGAUCGCUGACCCUGAAGUGUGAUAUCAGUGACGACUUUAAGCUGCUGCAGUGGUUCAGAAAUGACCUUCCACUACCAGAUGACCAGAGAUUCUCCCUCACUGAGAACAACAAGACCAUGCAGGUGUCCAACUUCAACAGUUCAGACUGUGGCAACUACACCUGUCUAAUUUCAAAUGAAUACGGAACAUCAGCGGCGUACUUUAAUGUCAGCGAUGAUGCUUGUGAGCAGAACAAUUCAUCAAAGCUACCAAACAACCUCCUGCUCCUUGUUGGAUUGUCAUUCAUCUGUCUUGUGGUUUUGUGCAUCAUUUUAAUUUGUAUCUGCAAAUAUUAUGAUCAUAGAAAAAGAAAAACUGCUACACCUCAAGAACCCAUUUACGACGAGCCCACAACUUUUCAGGAAGAACCUGUUAUUCUGACUGUGUAUCCUGUCUACCAGGACUUCAUAAAGCCAAAACACUCCAAUCAGUCCGAAGACUUUGGCUACUCCACCAUCCCAGAUGUUCUACGGAAAAUCAGUCCUCACAAUCCUCAUGAGCAACAAGCUACAGCGAACAUGACCUAACCAGAGUUGCACAUGUUACUCAAGAGGGUUCCUUUGACCUGCAGUUUCUCAGAGUAACUCAGAAGAAUCGUCAUCAUUUUUAUUUUGAGGAACAAGGCAAAAGAGUGCUUUCCAAUUUCAUUUGUAUCGUAUAUUCUAUGAAUAUUUAGAAGCUUGAAGAGGUUUGUCUAGUUUGUCUGGUUAAAAAAGAAAGAAUAAUUUAUUUUGUUUUGUUAGUAACAGCUAGAGAAUUUUCUAAAGACUGAUCAUAUAGCAUGUACAAUUACUGUAGGAGAUUUUUUUCUUUUCCCCCAUUUUUGUCAGUGUAUUAUUGUCACUCAUGUGCUCCCAGUGGGACAGCUUGGAAGUUCUUGUCAUUACCCCGGAGUAAAGUGACUUUUGACCUUCACAAACCAGUGGAAAUAGGUCACUUCGGCAGCAUAGGACUUUCAUUUGCCCAGCUGCAGACGAAGUUUUAUGCAUUUCAUUUGUGCAUGAUUCCUACAUGGCGCCUAAGGACCCGCGGUGGUUCUCCCACACCUCUGAACACUCACUGUAUUUCGGUAUUCUGAUGUAGAAUGGUCAAUGGACAUGGACUUCUUCAAAUACUGACCUGAAGCAUAUCCCUGGCUGGCCUUACAACGCUUUUCAAGACAAUGUUUAGGUGCCACAGAAACUGGACCCUAACUAACUAACUGUCUAACUUUGUAUCCAUCCUUAUGGCAGAGGUACUAUAUGUCGUGCACUGAGGAUUACAAAACCACACAUCACCUCCCUUUUCCUUCAGGUUUAAACUACCAUGUUUUUUUUCUUAAAGGUGAAAUUACAGAAAUGUGUCAUUUCAACAUUUCAACAGGUCCUCCUCUCUGGGUCUACAUUCCUGGAUUUAAGCAUCACUUUGCAAAUAUUAUGGUGAGUCUUUUAUUUUCAAUAAGGCACAAAAAUGCCUUUUCAUUUACAAGACUCUUUUGUCUACUAUGUUCCAUGAGUUUAAUCUGUAAAUCGGUUUCAACUGCAUUUGUAAAGACACUGCAUGUGAUAAAGUCUGUUUUUCUAAAUGAAUAUCUCAAUCAACCUGAUAAAAGCUUACUGGGUACUGAGAAGGUCAGCCAUGCUGGGACUGUGUAGGAUCAAAUGUCAAACCAUAGUGAAUCACCUGAUUGACACAUUUGUGAGAUUUUCUCAUCAGAUAUUGGUUAAGGGAAAAUCAGGCUGGAAACUUUGGUUAGUCCAAAAUUGCAGAGGUGCUGGAAGACCUGCUUUGCUAUUCAUCAGAAUCUCAUCUUGUAAAAGUGGCAUUAACCUAAGAUAUAACCUAAUAUUUACACAAUUUUUUUAUUUUAAGCAAUAUGCCAGGUACCCAUGAGGAAGUUUGUCUGCACUUACUGAUUUCUGUAACAUGACCAGAUGUUUUCACUUCUGGAGGGGGGAUUUUUUGAUAAUACAUUUCAAAAUGCUUUUUCUUUCUUUCUUUCUUUCUGUAAAUUUUUUUUUAAAGUGACAUUUAUUUCCUUGCACUAUAUAAAGAUAAUGAGCAGGAUACUACGUAAGGUUUCCAGAGAAAGGGGAAGUCAAAAGUUCUUUAUCGGUUAUUUAUGGAAUCAAAAUGCUUCAUAGAGUGUAGGUGGCUAAUAUUUAAAGUGGGUCAGCUUUGUCAAAACAUUAUGUUUUCCAUUCCAAGGACGACAAUAUGAAGUGGUUCUGUUUUGGCACUUGACCACGUUUUGCACUUUUAGAUGUAAAUAACUUUCUUUGUUAACUAAUGUGACGAAUUAUAUUUGACACUGAGAGAAUAAAUGCAUACUACUUUGUUC